UGCCUAGCAACGGCGGGGUCCUUUCUGGCUCGGUGGCGCUCGGGGCCUGAGGGGUGCGAACGGCCGCGGAGGGCGCGGAGGGCAGCGCCGUAGUGCAGGCGGCGGCCAGUGGACGGUGGCAGGCGCUCGGUGUGCCCGGGAACCCGAUCUCUGCGCACCGGGAAGAUGAGCGAGGCGGAGCAGGCCCGGGUUGGGCCCAAGGCCGACGAGCCCUCGCCGUCUGCAGAGGAGGAGGGCGAAGGGGGCGGGAAGGAGCCGGCGGCCAACGCGGCCCCCGGGCCCAGCGCCGCGUUCCGCCUCAUGGUGACGCGGCGGGAACCUGCCGUGAAGCUGCAGUACGCGGUGAGCGGGUUGGAGCCGCUAGCCUGGUCUGAGGACCACCGCCUGUCUGUGUCCACGGCCCGCAGCAUCGCCGUCCUGGAGCUUAUCUGUGAUGUGCACAACCCAGGCCAGGACCUGGUGAUCCACCGCACGUCGGUGCCUGCACCUCUCAGCAGCUGCCUCCUCAAGGUUGGCUCAAAAACAGAAGUUGCUGAGUGCAAGGAAAAGUUUGCUUCCUCUAAAGACCCCACCAUCAGCCAGACUUUCAUGUUAGACAGGAUGUUCAACCCUGAGGGGAAGGCAUUGCCCCCAAUGCGGGGCUUCAAAUACACCAGCUGGUCUCCCAUGGGUUGUGAUGCCAAUGGCAGGUGCCUCUUGGCAGCACUGACCAUGGACAAUCGCCUGACUGUGCAGGUGAACCUCAACAGACUCCAGUGGGUACAGCUGGUUGAUCUGACUGAGAUUUAUGGAGAACGUCUUUAUGAGACCAGUUACAGACUCUCUAAAAAUGAGGCUCCUGAAGGGAAUCUUGGGGAUUUUGCUGAGUUUCAGAGGAGACAUAGCAUGCAGACCCCAGUCAGAAUGGAGUGGUCAGGUAUCUGUACCACUCAACAAGUCAAGCACAACAAUGAGUGCCGGGAUGUGAGCAGUGUGCUCCUGGCUGUUCUCUUUGAGAAUGGGAAUAUAGCUGUGUGGCAGUUUCAGCUGCCUUUCAUGGGGAAGGAGUCCAUCUCCUCGUGCAACACCAUUGAGUCAGGAAUCAGCUCCCCCAGUGUUUUGUUUUGGUGGGAAUAUGAGCACAAUAAUCGGAAAAUGAGCGGCCUUAUUGUAGGCAGUGCUUUUGGACCUGUAAAAAUUCUCCCUGUCAAUCUCAAAGCAGUCAAAGGCUACUUUACUUUAAGACAGCCUGUUGUCUUGUGGAAAGAAAUGGACCAGUUGCCUGUGCACAGCAUCAAAUGUGUGCCACUUUAUCACCCUUACCAGAAGUGUAGCUGUAGCUUAGUGGUAGCUGCACGAGGCUCCUAUGUGUUCUGGUGUCUUCUUCUGAUUUCCAAAGCAGGCCUGAAUGUUCACAAUUCCCACGUCACAGGGCUUCACUCCCUGCCCAUUGUCUCCAUCACUGCAGACAAGCAGAAUGGAACAGUGUACACCUGUUCUAGUGACGGGAAGGUGAGGCAGUUGAUUCCCAUUUUCACAGAUGUUGCAUUAAAGUUUGAACACCAGCUAAUUAAACUCUCAGAUAUGUUUGGCUCAGUGAGGACUCAUGGCAUUGCGGUAAGCCCCUGUGGUGCUUAUCUGGCCAUCAUCACCACUGAGGGCAUGAUCAAUGGCCUCCAUCCUGUGAGCAAGAACUACCAGGUCCAGUUUGUCACUCUCAAGUCUUUUGAAGAGGCGGCUGCUCAGCUGCUGGAGUCUUCUGUUCAGAAUCUUUUUAAGCAGGUGGACUUGAUUGACUUGGUCCGCUGGAAAAUUUUAAAAGAUAAGCAUAUCCCUCAGUUUUUACAUGAAGCCUUGGAAAAAAAGAUUGAAAGUAGUGGGGUUACCUAUUUUUGGCGUUUUAAGCUUUUCCUCCUAAGGAUUUUGUAUCAGUCAAUGCAGAAAUCCCCCUCAGAGGCCUUAUGGAAACCCACCCAUGAAGACUCAAAAAUCUUACUGGUUGACUCACCUGGGAUGGGUGAUGGUGAGGAUGAGCAGCAAGAAGAAGGUACUUCCAAGCAGGGUACUAAGGCUGCCCUACAGGAGAGGAGCAAAGAGGGUGACACAGAGGAACCCCCUGAGGACUCACUCACUGCCAUGGGAGACACCGGAGGCCGUGAACCCAUAGAGGAAAAGCUCCUUGAGAUCCAAGGGAAGAUUGAGGCUGUGGAGAUGCACCUGACCAGGGAACACAUGAAGCGGGUCCUGGGAGAAGUGUACCUGCACACCUGGAUCACAGAGAACACCAGCAUACCCACCAGGGGUCUCUGUAACUUUCUCAUGUCUGACGAGGAUUACGAUGACAGAACAGCACAGGUCUUGAUUGGACAUAUCUCCAAGAAGAUGAACAAGCAGACCUUCCCCGAACGUUGCAGUCUGUGUAAGGAGAUCUUACCAUUCACAGAUCGCAAGCAAGCUGUUUGUUCCAAUGGGCAUAUCUGGCUCCGGUGCUUUCUAACCUACCAGUCCUGCCAGAGCUUAAUAUACAGACGAUGUUUGCUCCACGACAGCAUUGCCCGGCUUCCUGCUCCGGAAGAUCCUGACUGGAUUAAGAGGUUGCUGCAGAGUCCUUGCCCUUUCUGUGAUUCUCCUGUCUUCUGAGUUCAGUGAGGAGGAUGGAGGAAUAUGAACUUGGCUAUAAAAAGUGCCCUGGAGCCUGAAGAGCAGGUGUGCUGAAGGAAGCCUGUACUGCACAGUGGAGAGACAUUCUUCUGACUGGAAGGAGGGAGGUCACCCCAGGAGCUCAUUUCACCAGCAUACACACUAUCUUCAGGGACUGAAGGAAAUCUUUUAAAUGACUAAAUACAGAGAUGUUGAGUCAUUUUGAGGUGAACAUUAGCAACCCCUGCUCCUCACCCAAUGAGGACCUCUUAUUUUUCAAGUGUCUUGCCUAAAGCAGUUUGAGCAGAAGCUUUCUGCUUCUAGAAACAACGGUCUCUUCUAGAGAAUCUAAGGACCUUAUUGUGAGAUGGGUUUUCACCCUUGCUCCGGUUUGGGAUGCCUGUGGCUCCAGUGGGCUGAAGUUGGUUGGUACAUGACACUGCGUGUACCAAUACAUCUUAAAGUGUAUAAAGUUGUGUGUGGCUGGUGUUUGCUUAGCAGACUCGUUUGCCCAUUGCCUCGUAUUCAUGCAUAUGGAAGACAUUUUCCUAAAACUAUAUUUUUGAAGCCAAGAAUAAAAUCAAUCUUAAUGUAUCAAAUGAUCAGGUGAUGAUUAAAAGUUAAUAAUUGUCAUUUAUUUUUAUCUCCUGUGGCAUCAGAUUUGCUUAAUAUGGAAGAGAUUGAUUACCCCUUCCCUCACCACAGUCCCACUUCAUACCCACUGUGGUUACCUAGAUAUUUGUACAUACAGGGGAAGUAUUUUCUUCUUUUAGUAUUAAAUGGAAACUUCAGUAUUUUUAACAUUGACUUAUAUCCAGAUGUCUCACAGAAUCUCUGGGGGAAAGUUGGUUUACAGAGUUCUGGAGAAAGAUGGAGGUUCUUGAGCUCUGUGCUGUAAGCAUGUGCAGCUCAAGUGGAAAAACCUACUGUGCUUGUGAAUUCUUCUCCAAGAGUCAGUAUAAAGGAUUAUGGAGGGGUGAGGGAGGGACUUUGAAAAAGUGGGAGUGACACUGGAGUCUUGCAGUAUGCCUCUUCCAGCUUGAACUUGCCUGUGCUGCUUGGUAGGGGAGCUGAUGUCGUGUUCAGUUGCAGCUGUGGUAGCUGUUUCAGCAUGGGAGGAAGGAUAGCCAUCAGAUUGCUGCUCUACAUUUAGAAGACUGGAGCAGAGACUCUACAGAGGCCUUACAGGCUGCAGCACUGCUGUGUUUCAGGUUCUCUGCCUGGGUUAUUGUUCCUUUACUGUAGGUAGGAAUGGGUGGAUUGUUCUGGGUGGUGGUCAUGCUGAAGCCCUGAUGCAUUCACCCCCAGACUUGAAGCUCUCUCUUCCUACUACCAGGUCUGCUAGAGGUUCUUGUGAGCACCAGCAACGUUUGUGGUCAGAUGUAACAUUGUCCUGCUUGUCCUCUAGGCCCUUAAGAACAUGUUUUUAAGAACAUGUAUGGGGAAGCAUGUAGGCUGGACCUAGCAACAAGCUUAACAAGUUAAUUGAAUUGGCAAAGUUUUGUUUUCUGUUUGCUUUUUUUUUUUUUUUUUAAAGACAGGGUUGUGCUAUCGUGCUAGCUGCCCUGGAACUCUUGUAGACCAGGCUAGCAUUGAACUCAAAGAUCUGCUGCCUCUGCCUCAUAUGUUGGGAAAAUUUUAAGGGUUAAUAAUUAUUAAGCCAUUUGAUUGGUUGUAUUGGUAUCAGAUAAGGUGCAGAUGGUGGAACACGGCCCUGGUCUGGAAGCCCUGCAUCCCAAGCAGCAGCUUAAUGGCCUGGGUUUGCUGAGUGGCUGCAGUUCCUGAAAUGGAAUAGACUUAGGUUCUGGUCAUCCCCCUCUUACUUACCUUCCCCAAGGGGCAGCUCUCAGCAUUAGGAUGCAUUUAGGGCCAAGAAAAUGUACAGUGAUAAAAUUUCCUAAAGGCUAAGCCUUGUGGGUCUUCCUAGAAGACGCAGUGGGCAUCUUUUGGACAGAGGGCUGCAGAACUCCAGGCUGACUUCCAGUCCCUUGCCACCACAGUGUUGCUGUCCAUGCUGAGCUGAGUGGAGUGCAUUCCAAGUCAGUAUGGACCCUCAACAGUCGGUCAGAUACACAACGUCUUCACCGUGGAUUUAAGGAGUCACAGCAGGCUUUAGCAGUUCUUUGUGGUGUGUCCCAGCAGAGUGUAGAGCCUCAGCAGCCUUACCUUCCCCCUUGGAGUAUUGGCUUGAAAGAACGCCCUGCAGGUGGAACAAAGUAUGGGGAAACACCAGUGUCCCCUCAUACACUUCAGACUGCUCCUCACACUCUGAGUUAUUACGCGCUCAGCUGUUCUUUCUUGAAGCUGAGAAAUUCUGGAGGGUAAAUCUGCUUUGUGUCUGCUGUGCAACCUACUGUGCAACCCAAGUGCACAGUAGGUGAAAUGUCCUUAAAUGGGACUGUGCUACACUCAAAGAAGGUAGCCUUGCUUCUAGCCACCUACAGAUAGGGCAGCUCUAUUCCACACAACAGCCAGAAGGCCAUGUUUAUGGGUUUUUUUUUUUUCAAGGUCAUGUUUUUGUCUAGAGGAGAGACCCUUGAUGUAGUCAGGGUUCUAGUCAUGAGUUUAUUUAGAGCCAGAUGGUGUGGUUCACCAACAGGGCCUAAGUGUUCCUUCAUUGUUACUGAGUUUAGUAGAAAAGGAGGUGGUAUACAUCUGAAUUACACUGUAGGCUCUCAAGCAAAAAUGUAGGCCUGGAUUGAGCAGAUCACAUCUCAGAGCUCUAAAUCUACUCUUUAUUUUUAAAAUUAAAAGUUGUUUUUUGGUGGGAAGGGGUGUUGGUUGGUAUUUUUGUUUUGGUUUUGGUUUUUUGAGACAGGGUUUCUCUGUGUAGCCUUGGCUGUCCUGGGCUUGCUUUGUAGACCAGGCUGGCCUCGAACUCACAGAGAUCACCUGCUUCUGCCUCCUUGAGUGCUGGGAUUACAGGCGUGUACAACUAUGCCCAGCAUUAGAUUAAAAGUUCUUUAUCUCAAGGCUAAAGAUAGAGCAUUCACAAGGCCUCAAGUUCCAUCCUCAGCACUUGGGGUGGAGGGUAGGGAGUAGGGCAGGUUAUUGUUUAUAUCACUAUCAUGAAAUUUUGUUUUCACAAAAAAACACUUCAAAAUAGAUUGGGUGGGACAUGGUGGGACACACCUAUGUUCUAAGCACUCAGGAGUCUGAGGCAGGAGGAUCAAGUUGAAGGCCAGCCUGGGCUGUGUGGAGUGAACCUGUCUCAGAAAACCAAAAACGGUCAGAUUAGGCAACAUAAGAGGUAGUGAUGGUAUUGCGUAGACCUUUUCAGACCAGGUCUACAUUUGGCUAAUGUGGUAGGGUGAAUACUCAUGUUCCCACUGUCUCUCUGUAUGUAUGGUACUAAUAUAAAAUCAAACAGAAGUAUCCCAUGAAUUGUGUCUUUUCCAAGGCUUUGUUUGCCAUUUGUAUGUUGAUAUGACAUGGAUGUGAGCCUCACACUUGUUUAAACGGAUGUCUGCUGUGCUUAGUGGUUGUACCCUCUGUUUGCCUGUGCUAAAGUUUGUGCUUUGCUUUGAAUUGUAUGUUUACACCUGACUGUUUUUAAAUAAAGAGGAAAAAUUUAUGGUUAUGCAAAAAGAA